CUUCUUCCCUUUGUGCAUUUGCCCUCCCACAAGCUCAGUCCUCUACAAACCUUUUUUAACGUCCUUUAGACUAUACUUUCACCAUCCGACGUCUUUCCGUUGCGUCAUUCCACCCCUCGACAUAGUCAUCUGCUCUCCUCCUCGCCCUGCCAUCGACGACUUGGCCGACGCCCGUCCCACGCCAAUACCGCAGAUACCAACCUGUACCCCUCGUUUCAUCUUGGGAUCUCUUGCAACUUAACUCAACUCAACCUCAGUCAUUGUAAUAAUGUCAUCCUCUAUUGCCAUCCCCGCCGGCCCCUCGGCCACCCGCCCGUUUCAUAAGGGCACCGGCUCUUCUACCAACAGCCCGUUCGGUACAUCACCAUCGUCGUCCCCGCCGUCAGCUGGCAAACUCAAGGCUCUUCAUAGCCGCCGCCCGAGUCUUCUGAGCUCUUCUCUCUCUAAGCAAGAAUGCACCGUUAUUAACAUCGGCGAUCCUGAGGGACCUCCUCGACUGAUCUCUUACCUUUCUUCGAGCCAAGGUUUCGCCUGGAACCCUGAAAUCUUCCUCCCGUCUUACAUCGACUGCGACUAUGUUCCCCUCGAGAAUCGCCGCGAUCCCGUGCACGAGAUCGUUCUGAGCGACGACGAGUCAAAGAACAUGCUUCCUCAUUAAAUCGCCCUGCAUUACACCGUAUACCCGGACCAGGCUACGAUAGACGUUUCCCUUCUCACGAGAUUCCCGAUUGAACAUUGUCUCUUUUCACUAUUCGACUAUACUUUCUCACGGCGUUAAGAUUCCCACGGUUCUUCACUUUUCCUCCCUCCAGGCGGCGAGAUGAGUCGACAAACACACACUUGUUUCAGCCUGUGCGACAAAUUGGCAUUGUUUGAUGGAGUAAUUCGGGACAGGGUCCCCGGUCGUUCGACUUGACAGCCUCACUUUCUGGGUUUGGCUUUGAUGGAGUAUCACAAGACAUGGCAAAGCAUUCAUCACCUCCGCACCCGGCACAUACUGGGGAUCGGUAUUUUGGAAUUGGAUGGGACAAGACAAGGCCUGGAUUCGCGGGUACUGGGGUUUAUUUCAUUUCUGGGGUGUUUUAUGCAGAAUU